UGGUAGGACUUUAUUAUUUUCAUUAUUCAAUGAAUUCUUUAAAUACCACUUAACUAAAAAUGAAUCAAUGGUGAAGCAUUCAUCACUGAACACGCGUAGUAUUUUUAAAUUUUUAGUGACAUUUGUUGGAAUUCAUUUUUAGUAGCUGGUAACCUUGGUACUUCGCGUCUUUCUUACAAGUGUUUCGUGAUUGACAAGACGUUGUGAGGACGUCAUGCCAUUUGAGCGCUACGUAGAACCGGGGCGCGUCGCCCUGGUGGCCGACGGAAAAUUGAAAGGCAAGUUGGUGAGCAUAGUCGAUGUCAUCGACCAAACACGAGCGCUCGUGGACGGCCCCGGAAGCGGCGUCCCGCGACAGCAAAUACGUCUGAACCAGUUGCACCUCACAAAGUUCCGCCUCUCGUACUCCUUCACAGCGCCCACGCGCGUGGUAAGGAAAGCGUGGUCGGACGCGAAACUAAAUGAAAAAUGGGCAGACAGCCAGUGGUCGAAGAACCUAGCGAACAAGGAAAAACGUGCGCAAAUGACAGACUUCGACAGGUUUAAGUUGACAUCCGCGCGCGUCAAGAGGAACCGCGCCAGAACAGCAGUGUUCAAGAGCAUGAAAGCCAAGGCGGCUCGCAGCGGCGCCUUCGGCAAGAAAAAGGUUCCCAAGACUCCAGCGAAGAAGGUCCGCACGAAAAAAGCGCCCGCCGCCAAACCAGCGAAGAAGUAAUUCUUGUUUUGUGUCUGAAUUAAAAGUGUAUUUAUAGGACAAAUCAAAAUAAAGAGUUACUUUUUAAGCUACA